CCUGAUGAGAACAAAGUAGAGCGCUUCUCUUACCCUCAGUUUGCAUGGUUAAUUGUAACCAUGAGCGACAUGUUUGGUUGCAGUAUGCCGCCUCUAACAAGUCUUCAGUUUGUUGGUUUCCGUUUGGUUUGGUUUGAGAUUUAAGCUGCAGCACGUCCUUAUUUACUCCCUCUGAAUUUCAUGAGCUUGAAGGAGUGAUUUGAGUUUGAGCUUCCCAGUUUGGUUUUGAGCUUGCAUUUGGCUGCUAAUCCUCGCAUCAUUUGAUUUGAGGUGCCCGAGGUAUUACGCCCCUCUAUGCGUGACUGCCAUGCUGUUGUGCUGCUGAGAAGUUCCUCUGUGUGACUGGCUGUCUCUCUCGAGCAGCAGCGACAUCAGCCACAGCGAAAUGCAGCCCUCCAAGCACAGCUCUGUGAGGGUGGACCACCGGGUCGUGUCCACCGACAGCCUGUUCAGGGAGAUAUACGGCGACUCUGAGGAUGAGGACGAUGAGGUGGGCUAUGCCGACCCCAUCCAGGAUGAUCUCUACGCACGCAAGAUGGGCAUCAAACCUCAGCCUGCUGGCAACGAGUCCCAUGACAAGUUCUUACCAAAGUUCUGGACCCCCGAGGAAGAUGUACACAUACAGAAGAUCAAACUGGGCUCUCAGAGGAGGCCCUGGUACAAGAAGAUGCAAGGCUUCAGCCAUAAGAAGUCGGGCUCUUCCUCAGAUGAUUCGGACUGUGACAUCAGUCCUUGGCUCUCCUCUGCCCCCUCUCGCUCCGGCACCUCCCCCUCUCACUCCCACACACACGAGGCCUCGGCUCACACCACCCUUGUUGUGGGGAAAAGUCCCCAUGUCCAAGCAAACACUCUCCCACAGCUCCCAAAGAUACAGCCCCCUCUGUUAGUACCCCCCCCUCUGGUGUUUGCCCCAGUGGACCCUGCCUCGGGUCCCAAACUGGUCAAAUGCGAGAGGUGGCCCCUCCUUGGGCGUCAAGACCCCCGGGAGCCCCCAGACCCCUUUGACUAUGAGAGCAUUAUCCCUGAUUUGGAGAACGAUGACAUGUUUGCCAGGCGAACCCUGGCCUUCCAGUCUAACACAGACUUGGCUAUGAUAAAGUCUCACCUGCCCGCCAGACGCCGUCUCUACACGUCCGAGCCACAACUCAACAUCAUCACUCAACGGCACGUCCACGGCAGCACCGAGGAAGACGAUUAUCCUGAUAUCGAGAAGGACGAUGUGGUUUAUCGUAAGGAGAAAACCCAGCAGGCUCAACAGCAACGGCCACUCUCAGGAGCCCCUGACAACUAUGCCCCAAUGCCCAUCCCAGAGCCGUGGGCUCUGCCUCCUGAUCUCAAGGCCAGACUUCUGUGUCCCCCAUGUCCUCUGACCCAGGAGGCAGCAGCAAAUAAACAGAAUCAGGUUGAGAGGGAGCCACAUCCUAAAACAGAUGACAUGCUUCUUAGAAAAUUUGGAGUUUGCUCUAAGGAGAGUCAGAGCUCAGUGAGAGGCCCAUCAGCCAAUCAGAUCCCCUCAGUGCCCUCUUCCUGCAGCGAAGGCGACCUGCAGAGAAUGCAGGCGAUCAGGGAGGCCAGUCGGCUGAGAUAUAAGAAGAGGCUUCUGGUGGAGAGGCUGGCUGCUCUGAAGUUGUAAAAGCAGAUUGCUGUCACAGUGCCUGUUGUGUUCUUCUGACUUUGUUGACUUUUUCUGCAAUCCUUUGUGGUUUUUAUUGUUUCUGUGAAAACAUUAAGUGCCAUUUCAGUCUUGGAAUAUUGUCUGUCUGAUGGUGAAGUUGUCUAGACUGCUUAUUCUGAAUGGCUGGACUAAAGAUCACAGUUGAGCUCUUCUUUAUGAAAAGUACUAGGUGCCUUUGGCAUUCACCGGGUCAGUUGUGAGUAUUUCAACACAAAAUGCAAUGGAAAAACCGCAACAGCCCCGAACUUUCUCUUGUUUGAAAAGUUUGUUAUUUCAAAAUUGAAUACGUCAUUAUGUAUGUCUGCAAUGAAAGAUCCUAUGAUAUUGUCAGCAUAUGGCCACUGAUUAUGGUUUUCUGCAUGAUGGCAAUAUGUUUACUUUACACAUGGUAUGUAAAUGCUGUGUGGAUGGACAGACUGUACUGAAGUCACUGCUGCUGUGUUUUUGAAGUGUGAUUUUUGAACAAUUCUUUGGUACAUCACGAGCACUGUUAAACAGACCCUAAUUCUGCCUUAUAUCUUUGGUUUUGAUGCCCGAUCAGACCGAGUUUGCCUGUGAAUUGAUAAAAUAUUCAAGCUUAAUAAAGGAAAUAAGACUCCAUGACCUUGUGAUGGAAUGCAUUGAAAUGGCCGUUUGUUGACCUCAGCCGACACCUACGGUAACACGGAUCUGACUAUAUACUCAGUACAAAGUUGUUUUCUUCAGCACUGGGAACUUCACACUGACAUGUAAAGCUCAAAGUGCAGCAGCAUGAGAGUGUGGAGAUAUUCGAGCUUGAGCAAUAUCCAAACAUACCGUCCUGACAGUAGGGAGCGGGACAAUUAAACUCGGUCUUGUCUGUGGAGCCAACAUGAAAGCCUAUAGGAAUUCCCCACAGCUCUGAAAGAAUAUGUAGACUCCAUAGUAACCUGAACACAAAUCUGUACCGCACUGUGUUUGCACAUGACCAGACACACACAAGCACAGACAAAGCAACCAUUUAACCUGAGUCAAGGCCAUCUGGAUUUACUUCACUUCCAUAUGUAAAGCCAUGGUUCCAGUGACAUCAUAUUGGAGUCCCCAGAAAGGCAGCAUUGUUUAGGGAAAGAUGCAUGUCUGCACAACUCCCCAUCCAAAUGUCAGGGAAAGGAAAGGUGAUACUGUGCUGUAAGCCUACUAUAUACACACCUUAAAGGAACAGUUCAGCAAAAAAUGUAAAUUGGGUCAUUAUCUACUCACCCCAUGCUGAAGGAAAAUAAAGUUUUGUAGUCCACAAAACAUUUGUGGAGCUUCACAACAAAAUAACAUUGCAGCAUUCACAUAAAAAGCCUCAAGAUCCCACACUGAUUUGAAACAACAUUAUUUACACGCUGUUCAAGCUGAAACCUUCAGCGUAGCUGCAAAGCUAAAAGCAUUAGCUCUGAAGUGGGUGCACAAGCUUAAGUGUGUAAACAAUGUCUAUUCAAGCCAAUUUCAGAUGUUGGUGCUUUCAAAGACUUUGAUUAUGCCUUACAAACUUUAUGGAACAAUUUUUUGGAUUAAGAAACGUCACCCUCCUCUCCACUGGCAUGGGGGUAAAGGGAAUAUGUGUAUGAAGUGAAAACCAGCAGAGUCAUGUUUUAGCUGGUUGUACACACAUUUGAAGCCCAUCAGCUGGGGAUCAGCUGCUCUCAGUCAUUUAUUGGCUUCAAGCUCUUGACCAGACUCACUGUCAAAGGCCCUCCUGCAGAAAUGUGACUGUGUUGUCUGUGGUUCU